GUUUUCGUUAAAAAUUUGGAUUUAUUAUAUUUUGUAGACUAGUUAUGCUGAAGUUUCUAUAUAAGACCCUACAUAUGAUAUAACAUAUAACCUCUGAUCGUUGUAGUGAAAACAAUAUGAAUCCGAAGUCUCUCUAUUUACCGGUCUUUAUUUUGGCAUUUCUUCUUGCCUCUGAAAUGCCAAGAGUCCAUGGACUGUUCGGAUUGAUAAAUCAUGCAGGAGAAGGAGUCACUAAUUUAUUAAGAGGUACAGCAGGAGUUAUUGAUGCUGUUCUAAAAAAACCCAAUCGACGGAGGCCAUCUAAUUUGUUAUACAAACCACAAUUGACUCUACUGAACCUCUAUUCCAUGGAGAUCGGUGACGAAAGUGGAGAAAGCCUAACUUCCGAAAAGUCUUCGCGGAAACAUAAAGAAAAGAGUAGCUCGAAGGCGAAUAAUAAAAGCAAACGUGGUGAUAACAAAAACUCUGGGGGAAAGAAUUCUUCGAUAGAUAUCACCAUUGAAGAUAAGGAAAAGAGUAGCUCGACGGCGAAUAAUAAAAGCAAAAGUGGUGAUAACAAAAACUCUGGGGAGAAGAAUUCUUCGAUAGACAUCUCCAUUGAAGAUAAAGAAAAGAGAGCCUCGACUAAGGAUAAUAAAAGCGCAAGUGGUGAUAAUAAAAACUCUGGCGCGAAAGAUUCUUCCACAGAUACCACCGAUGAAAAUAAAGUGAAGAGUAGUUCGACGAAUAAGAAAAAAAUUUCGAGUAAAAAAUGUAAAUGUAAAAGGAAAAGUAAAUACAUUGAAAUAACUGAGAUUUAAAUACAAAAAUA